CAUCAGCAUCAUGAAGGGCGGAGCUAAAGAGUACUGGUUCGUUCUGACUGCUGAGACCUUGUCCUGGUACAAAGACGACGAGGAGAAGGAGAAGAAGUACAUGCUACCUGUGGACAACCUGAAACUCAAAGACAUUGAGAAGAGCUUCAUGUCCAGCAAACACAUCUUUGCCCUGUUCAACACCGAACACAGGAAUGUGUACAAAGACUAUCGUCAGCUGGAGUUAGCCAGUGAGUCUCAGGAGGAGGUUGACAGCUGGAAGGCUUCUUUCCUACGAGCUGGAGUGUACCCUGAACGCACCGUGGAUAAAGAGAAGGCGGAGGUGGAGGAGACGAGCGGAGACGGACACAUUCACAGUCUGGACCCUCAGCUGGAGCGACAGGUGGAGAUCGUCAGGAACCUGGUGGACUCGUACCUGUCCAUCAUCCACCGCACCGUCAGAGACCUGAUCCCCAAAACUAUCAUGCACCUGAUGGUCAACAACACGAAGGAGUUCAUCCACGCUGAACUGCUGGCUCAACUUUACUCCUGCGGAGACCAAAACACCCUGAUGGAAGAGUCCCAGGAACAGGCCCAGCACCGUGAUGAGAUGUUGAGGAUGUACCACGCUCUGCGCGAAGGCCUCCACAUCAUCGGUGACAUCAGCACGUCCACCAUCACCACGACGAUGCCUCCCCCAGUGGACGACUCCUGGCUACAGGUGACAGGGAUGCCUUCAGGACGCAGGUCCCCCAUGUCUAGUCCGACCCCCCAGCGUCGGGCCCCUCCAGGACCUCCUCGUCCGGGCGGUCGCGCGGCUCCUGGACCUCCGUCUCGUCCAGCAGUGUCACCUGACCCUGGACCCCUGCCCUCUGUCCCCUCCCGACCCAACAGAGCGCCCCCCCCAGGAGUCCCCAGAAUCUCUAUCAGUGACCAGUGAGGAGUUCACCAAUGGUACGUCAGCUGUCUGUGUGUCACUGUCUCUCACCAACUCUGUGUGUGUCUCUUCGUCCAAUCAGAUCACCUGUCCUCGCCAUGUGACCCCACCCCCUCUCCCAAAGCAUCAUAUAAUUAGGUGUGUGACUGACAGCUCCAUCGACCUGUUACUGACUGACUGUCUGUCUGUCUGUCUGUCUGUCUGUCUGUAUCCAGUCGGAGGGCUCCUGCAUCUCCAUCCCGACCCUCCAGACCGGACUCUGAGUCCUCCCUCUGACACACACAAUAAACACAAUGAGGAGCACAAACACACAUCAGAACCAGAUCCUACUGGUUCCACCUGGUUCCACUGGUUCUCACCUGGUUCCUACUGGUUCGACCUGGUUCCUACUGGUUCCACCUGGUUCCACCUGGUUCCAUCUGGUUCCAUCUGGUUCUACUGGUUUAGGACGGGUCCAACAGGUUCCAACCAUCCACAUAUAAAGAUGGCCGCCGUCUCCACUUCCCCCCCACUGUACACAAAUGAAGCUAAAAUGUUCGGAUAUUCGGAUUUAGAGACUGCGUGAUCGGGUCGGGCGCUGCGGGCGUAAACCGAUAUAUAUCAUAAAGUUCUUGACCCUCUCUGCUGCGAUGUUGUUGUAGCGUCCACCAUUCAUUUAAACAUAUUUACACACUAUUCAGUUCUGAUAGCUACAUCACUUUAGCUUAGCAGUUAGCAAUCUUUCCCAUAUCUUUCUCUGACUCCUUUACUGUUAACAGAAUAAAUGUAGUUUUAUUUUAGGUUUGAAUGCGAGGCUUGAAUUUGAAGCUAACUCGUUAGCUGCUGUAGCUAUCAGCCCGCAGUGUGUAGCUCCUGUUAUGGUUCUGUUGAAUUAACAGAACUGUUUAGAUUGUUCACUCUGUGUUGUAGUUGAUUAUUGGCUCCUUUCAGCUAUAUUGUUGACAGCCUUAAUGCCAGCUGAUUUCAGUGGGUUCAAACUGGUCCACUCGGUUCUUUCUUGUCCCAACAAGCCUCAGCUUGUUCCAGCUGGAUCAAGCAAAUGUUGGUUUAUACUGGUAUCAUUAGGUUCCAGCUGGUUGCUACUGGUUCCACUUGGUUCCAAAAGGUUUCUACUUAUUCCGAUAGCUUAUUCCAAUAUCUUCCUAAUUGGUUCCAGUUGGGUUAUACCAUGGGUUACUGGACACUUGUGUCUGCUGGUUCCAGCUGGUUUCUACUGGUCCCAACUUGUUCCAGUUGGUUUCUACUGGUCCCAACUUGUUCCAGUUGGUUCUAACUGAUUCCAACCAGUUCUGACCACUUCCAGUUGGUUCUUUCUUGUCCCAACAAGCCUCAGCUUGUUCCAGCUGGAUCAAGGAAAUUCGGACUGGUUUCCACUGGUCCAAGUAGGUCCAGCUGUUUCCAACAGACUCCUGGUUACAUCCCAGUGGUUCCAGAAGGUUCCCUCUACUUGUUUCCAAAUGGGUUAUACCAUUGGGUACUGGGUUCACAUAUCUGUUGGUUUCUACUUAUUCGAAUAGAAACAAACAGAGAAUUGUUCAUUGAUUGCCGUGACCUUUGACCCUCGAACCCUCCUGCUUGUCUCUGUUGUUUCACAGUUGUCCUUUUGUGUUUUCUCUUUCUUCAUGUUUGUUGUUUUUCCCAGUCGUCCCAGUAAAGGUAGCCCCGCCCACGGAGAGAGCCCCCAGUCGUCUAUCGAAGGUUAACUGAACCGAGUGUUUGUGUGUCUGCUGAUGCUGUGUUACUGUGAACCUUAUUAAUAAUAAUAAUGAUAUUGAUUAUCAGCACAUUAUAGCAAAUGAUCAGCUAUUGCAAUAUUGAGUGUCUGUCGUCCAGCUGUCUGUCUGCCUAGGAGAGUGAGACAGCUGUCUGCCUGUGUCCUCACACUCACAUUAUGACGUACUGUAGACAGAGAUGGUGUUGAAGUGAAGACCUCUCCCUCCUCUCUGGAUUUCAGCUAGCACUGUUAGCACCAGUUGGAUAGCUGCAUCACCUCCUGAAACAAAACAAGUUUAUUUUUCUUCAUGAAGCUGAAGUUCUUAUUUAUGAUGAAAUGUUUCUUUACAGUGUAAAGUUUACUCAUUAUUUAUUGAUCUAUUUAAUGAUUUAUUUAUUAUCUGCGGUUCUUGUUAAAGUGACAUUAUUGAUGUUAGCUGUCAUCCUGUUAAGGAAAUGUUAGCAUUGGUUUUAACCCAUCCCAGCUGGUUCUAAAGGGUUUUAGCUGGUUCUGAUUUGGUUCUAACUUGUUCCAGCUGGGCUCAGGUGGUUCCAGUUUAUUUUAGCUGCUUGGUACUGGUUCUGUAUGGUUCUGACUGGUUCCAACUUGCUCCCACUGGCUCCAACUAUUUCCAGCUGGCCUCUACUGGUUGUAAUUGGUUCUAACUGGUUCCAGCCGGAGUCAAGUGGUUCCAGUUGGUUCCUGGUUGUGAAACCAGUUAGCAGCAAACAGCCAACAACAACCUUCUAUUCAUACUUCAUUUUUUGGGGCAUUUACCAAAAGUUUUUGUGUGAGUUUUCUGAAAAGAAUGUCAAUUGGAUUUACUUGAUAAAUCAAAUUGAUUGGGAAUGUACCAACUGAACCGUGUCUCUGUUUCAUCUGGAAUUAAUUACUUUAGUAUUUAGUCCACAAUCACAGAACUUUUUCCAGGAAAUUCACCAGGAAAUGAUCAGGAAAUGUAAAAUAAAGUGUUGCAACAUUAUAAAAUAUUAACACAAGCUGUAGAAAUGUAUUCAUUCCUCUGAUGUCUUUAUUGAAAUAUUGUAUGAAUGUUAAUUUAUAAUCCUGUUAAUGAUGAGUAGAUGAAUGGAUCCAGUGUUAACGCUCCACUGGACGACAGACUGAAGGAACCUGAACUCUAACUGCUGAUCUAUUUAUUCUGUGUACGUGUAUCAUGUCGUGGUGAUUCUGUUGAGUUAGUUGAGCUCCGAGCUGCGUUCAAUAACACCUGUUUCACUGUGUUAGCAGAGCGUCUGUGUGAGAUUAAUGUCAGCAUGGAUUUAAAGUUAUAUGGUUUUGAAUGUGCUUUAAUGAUUUAAUGUUGUUACUCUGCAGCAGCGCGUUGAACGCAGCUCGGCCUCCCACACACACACCUGUGAUCGUGGAUAGUUCACUGUAUGGUAUUAAUAUUAAUGUUUACAGAAUAUAUGAAGAUAGUAAUGUACCAUAUAUAUGUGAGGAGCAUAUAUAUAGAUCUAAACACUGAAAUAUGCAGCGGCCCAGACUGUAGUGUAUGUGUGUGUGUGAGUGUGUGUAUGUGUGUGUUACAGUGUGUGUAUGUGUGUACUUUUGUUGUGUACCUUAGUGUCAUGUGAUCAGGGCCAACAGAGACGUGUUGAUGAAUAAAG